GAGCCCAUCCUCCUCUUGUGGGACGAUUUCAGUGGACACUGGAAGGCAAGCGUUCUUUUGUAUGCAGCAUCGAUCAACGUAGUGCUGUUGAAGGUCCCACCCCAUGCCACGCCGGUCUCGCAGCCGGCGGACGUGGCAUGGAACUUCCCGCUGAAGGUAAAGCUACGCCAGCGCUGGCACAAGGACAUGCAGGCUCAAAUCAUGGCACUGAGAAGCUCCGGGAAGAAGUUCAAGCUGAUGCGGCCGAACCGUACCAAGAUCUGGGAAUGGGUACGUCAAGCCUGGGACGAGCUGCCAGCUGAAACAAUCGUGAACGGCUUUCGAAAGAGCAGCCUG